ACGUUAGGUGGUUUCACAAGAUAAGUAAUGUUGACGUUAGGCGUAGAGUGUUGGGCAAAGAGGGAAAAUCAAUUGACGAGGCUAUAAAGUUACAUAGAUUUAGAUGGUUAGGUCACGUGCUGCGCAUGCCUAACCAUCGCCUCCCCCGACGGGCUUUGCUAGCUGAUAUAGGUGCUGGUUGGAAAAGAGCCAGUGGUGGCCAAACAAAAACAUGGCAUCAAUCCAUGAAAUCCUUGACAGUUAAACUGAGUCAGGUAGGGAGAUGCAGACUUCCGGGUUGGGACCCUCGGGAUUCUAGGAAUCAAUGGCUGGAGACAAUAGGUGACAUGGCUCAAAAUCGUUGUCAAUGGCCAGCGCAGAUGUAUUCAGUCUCUGUAAUCUUUCAUAUUCCUUUCUACCAUUACCCACUCUGCUUCGCUCUUAUACUUGUCAAACUCUGUUGAUUCUCUUCACUCUUCUUGUUAUUCUUAAUGUGCUAUUUGGAACGUGGCAACUCGAACUGGUGCACUUCGGUGCCAAGUUCUAUGUUGAAUCCAGACAGACAGAUUAUCAUGGGG